AUGGGCGUCUACACUCCAGCUAACAAGCUUGAAAACUUGAAGUUGUACAAGUACUCGUCGGAGGACCAGUCCUAUGUCUCCAAGUACAUCCUCAAACGGUACUGGAACUGGUUCACCACGUUGUUCCCGUUGAGCAUGGCUCCCAACUUGAUCACCUUGUUGGGGCUUGUCUUCAUCAUCGUCAGUGUGCUUUUGGUCUUGUACUUUGAUCCCUACUUGGACACCCCUUCGCCCAGCUGGGUCUACCUUGUCCAUGCUUUCAACUUGUUCAUGUACCAGACCUUCGAUGGAUGCGAUGGGUGCCAUGCCAGAAGAACAGGCCAGCUGGGCCCCUUGGGCGAGUUGUUCGACCACUCAAUUGACGCCAUCAACACCACUUUGCUUGUCAUUGUCACCUCCUCGGUGUUCCAGUUUGGCGUCGGCUACAAGACCCUCUUCUCGCAGUUCUCCGUCUUGGCCAACUUCUACACAUCCACAUGGGAGACCUUCCACACUCACACAUUGUUUUUGUCUUGCGUGAGUGGUCCCGUGGAGGGCAUGCUCCUUUUGGUGUUUUGCUAUGCUCUCACUGGCUUCAUCGGUCCAGGCUUGUGGACGGCUCACUUGUUUGACUUGGACUUGUCAUCCUUGGGCUUUGGCUUGGGCGAGUACUCUCUCGAUGUCUCUCACUUCCUUAUCGGUUUUGGGUUUGUCGGUAUUUACUUCAAUGUAGCAGCUGCAGCUGGCAAUGUCGCUAAGAAGUACCGCUCCAACAUCAGGUUGUCUAGAGACACGGCCGAGACAGAGAUCGCCAACGCCAAGGAGGGCUUGCUCCCAUUCGCUGCAUACUUUGUCUUUUUGGGAUUCCUCAUCUGGAGUUUCCCAGACGUUGCAUCCACCUACUGCUACGCUUUGGUUUUCUCCACCGGCAGCACCAUGGCAUUCUGCGUGGGCCGUAUCAUUUUGGCCCACUUGACGUUGCAGGAUUUCCCCUUUUUCCAAAUCCCUACGUUAGUGCCGAUUUUACAGACGUUCUUGGCACACUAUUUCAUCACUUUCUGUGAUUACAGACCUUCUGUGGUGCUCCCGCCGUGGUCUGGGUGGCACCGGCUUGACAAUUGGAAUCCACAUCAUGUUCAUUUCGGAAACAUUUACGCAUUGACCAUCAAGCACAAGAAGAUCUAA